AUGUCGUAUAAUGGUAUUGGGUUGAAGUCUGCAAAGGGAUCCUCGACAUCUGGACAUAUACAGAAGUCGUUAGCAUCCAGUGGCAAUGAAAAGUAUACUAGAUCAUUACAACAUUAUAAAAAGAGGCAGGCAGAGGCACUACGAACACCGCAGCAGGUACGGUCUGGGAAGAAAGAUAAAUCUAUCUUGUUACAUUUGAAUAAACGGAAUAUAGAGUUGCAAGUAUCAGAAUAUAGAGAUGUGCUGGAGGAACAACAGGCGAAAGAUGAAAGUUUGACGGACGAUGUCGUUGAUAGCAAAUGUAAUGGACUUCGUGAGAAACUGUUGAAGGAAUGGGAAGAAGAGCAGCGUUUAUCAAAGGCUUACAAGAGUAGAGACAAGCGUGUGGAGGGAUCCAUCGAAAGUGGACCAGAAGAAAAAGAACAAUAUGAUAAUCGUGUGAACGAAUCUGAGACAUAG